UCUAGGUUGGGACAGUUUAGCAGUUCAUGGUACGCGUUUUCUGAUCAACGGUAUUCAAAUACUAAUACCCAGUACAAUGAUGGACCAGCUGUUAAUAUUUUUAUUAUUAGCAAAAAUGCCUGUGUAUACAGCAAGUCCAUCAAGUGCCCCAAACAACCACACAACACCAGUACCAGGCUAUACUACCACAGCAGCUAACCAUUCUACUGAUUCACAAGCCGUCCAUAAAACUACCCAAUCAGCUAACCAGACAACGGCAUCAGGAACCAGUCACACAACUGCUUCAUCCAACAGGACCGAACCCACCCUCAUUCCAGUUGGUCCAGCUCUUUCACCAAAAUAUUUGACACCUCCAACUGGAAAUUACACAAUAACCAACAACACCACCGGUACUGUGUGUAUUAAGGCACUUAUGGGAAUACAAUUUACUGUGACAAGGAACCAGAGAAAAUCCUAUUUUAACAUUAACCCUAAUUCUACAGAAGCAAGGGGACUGUGUGGGGAAAACAGGUCCUGGUUUAAUUUAAAUUUUAGUGGAGGGUUUGUCAAGUUCACAUUUAUCAAGAAUGACGGUAUAUAUUAUGUUAAUGAAAUUGAAGCCAGUCUACUGUCAUCAGCCAUUGGUGAUGAGACACAGAUGAGUGAAGACUAUCAUGGCCAUAUAGUCGACAGAAAACUGUUUAAAGCAGCAGUGGACCGAUCCUUCAAAUGCACAAACCAGCAGGAAGUGCCUCUCAAGUGCAAUUUCAAUCUUUAUAUUGUGAAUACUCAGUUCCAGGCAUUUAAUAUCAUCAAUGGCCAGUUUGAUAAAGUGCAAGAAUGCUUGGUUGAUAUGAACGAAAGAAACAUUCCCAUUGUAUUGUGUGUCUCCGUGACUGGAUUGGGCCUGAUUAUCCUUGUGACUUGUUUGUUGGCCUGGCAACGAGAUCCCCAAGGCUUUGAAAGGAUCUAAGAUGAAUUUCAUCACUGUUCAGAAGGAAAAGGAAAGAUACUCAUUUACCAGUCAGAUGCAAUGCAAAUUCCACUCUACUGGUACCAAAACAGUAUUGAAACAAUUCAACCUACCAUUUAUUUUAGGCAGGGGUACAUCAUGUAAUGAAUGUAUUUGUGUGAAACACAUUGCUGGGCCAAGUGGAUUUGGUUUUGUUUGUCACAUCUUUGUCAACCCUCGGGCUUGCUUUGUUAUUUUGGGUGUAUGCAAUUUAAAUAUAUAUAUUGGGAUUCUGGAAAUUUUGAAUGUGAAAUUAAAGACCAGCUUCGUAUGGCUCUGUGUAUGUAUUAUUUUCUGUUUCGGUCAUCAUUUCCGGGUGAAUCUUAUGCCAUAUGUACCAACCAGAUAUACGUGGAAGCUUAGACAUGAUACUGAGAGCUCUAUUGGGGUUACAUUAGUGCUUAAAACCACCUUAAAGAGUCUCCAGGAUGUGAUGACUUCCACAGAAAAUGAUACAAAUUGAAUCUAACGUACAGUAUAAGGUAACUGACACUAAACAUCUAUACCAAGUUCAUUGACAACGGGAUGUCAAACGUUUUAAAUCAAUACAACAGUUGUUUACUCUGCUGCUGCUGUUAUUGUUUUCUUAUGCAACGACAUGAAAUAAACUAACAUCAUAUUA